AUGGAUCUCGGCAACACGCUCAUCCGGAGCGUUGUCCGCGCCUUCUAUGAAACCCGAUACAUCUUAGUUGUGGAUGCGCUUUUCCUCCAUUCGGUUCUUCACGCCGAAGAUCUCGCAUUUUUAAUGGGAAUGCAACAGAAAGAUCUCCGCAAACUAUGCGCUCGGUUACGAGAGGACCGCCUAAUCGCAGUGGAAAUUCUUCUCAUUUACAGAAGCACUCGAGCCGAAAUCCGCGAUGGGUCGACUCGUCCCGUGAACCGCGAAUAUUACUACAUCCCUCUCCACCCGGUUAUCGAUGCAAUCAAGUUCAAGGUGUCAAAGUUGACAUCCACGAUAAAAGCACAGUACACCCCGAGCGAGGAGCGCAAGGAAUACAUCUGUCUCCGCUGUGGGUCAGAGUGGACUGAGCUAGAUGUGCUGAGUCUGGUCUCAGAGGAAGGUUUCGAGUGCCAGUACUGCGGAGCCAUCUUAGAGCGAACCGAAGAUGUGAAGGGUGCGGAAGGCAUGGAUCGCACUGGUCACGAGAAGAACAGCAAACUGAUGGCACAAUUGGAUGACAUGCUUAAACUUCUUAAGCAGAUCGACUCUGUCGAGAUCCCAGCUAAUGAUUUCGAUACCGCAUGGGAUCACAAGGUCGAGAUUGCUCGAAAUCAGCAUACACAUCCAGUUCGCGCCGCGAUUCCUGUCCCACCAAAGCCACAGGAUGUUAUCCGUGGGUCACUCAAAACAGACGCGGCUGCUUUGGAAAUCUCUCUUACCUCUACCGAGGAGAAGACCGCCGCGGAACAGGCCGACGAAGCUGCCCGAAAAGCAGCUGUGGAGAAGCAGAACGCGCUACCCGUUUGGCAUACACACUCUACGGUCAACGCUACACUUACCAACGGGGCUGCUAAGCCUGAUAUCGGUGUACCAGUGAAGCCCGAACUCCGGGAAGAGGAUCAGAAGCCUGCCAUUGAUGCAUUGGAUGACAAGGUUGCAGCAUACUACGCAGAAAUGGAGCGCGAGAAGGCUCUACAGGCCCAGGAAGAUGCUAGCAGCGAGGAAGACUCGGACGAGGAACUCGAUGAAUUCGAAGAUGUCGGUGUCUCCGGUCAAAGUGGCCCCGCUACGCCUGCAACUGCUGCUGGUCCUACCAGUGUCCCUACGCCUUCCUCCACUAUUGCUGGUAUUAAGCGUGAACUUGAUACAGUUUCUAGUGGAGCUCCAUCUUCUGUCGGAACACCUUCUACUCCAGCUGAUGAUGGGCCUGCAGCUAAGAAGAUGAAGACUGAGCCCAGCGUCACCACUGAGCCGGUGAUCAAACCUGAUCCGGAUGUCAAGCCGACCCCAGAGGCAAAUGAUGAAGAAUCUGAUGAAGAUGACGAAGAGUUUGAGGAUGUCUGA